AUGAAUAAACUAUUUUUAGGUAUAAUCUACUCUUUUUUAUUCUUUAAUAUUGUAUACUCUAAUAUUGAAAUUAUCAGUGUAAAUGGAAUAACAAAUUCAAAUGAAUGGACAUUCAAUGCUACACCUCAAUGUAGUUUGAUAUUGGUUUAUAGUGCUUCCAAUAUCUCUCAUGGUGUAACAUAUAAUUCUUUUGUAAACUAUAGUAGUCCUUCGGUGGUUGGAAUGACCGACCGUUUGGUUGGCGGAGUUCCAACCGAUGGAACCUAUGUCACUGAUGUCCAGAAGAUUUCAGUCGGUACCUACUCGAAACUCUACACAUUCUUUUAUAUCUAUGCCGACGGUGUUUCAAUGGAGGUUCUCGAUCUCACUGCAACACCGAUCCAGUGUGUAACACCUGCAUCGAUACCAAUGGCACCGGUCACAAUAGUAUCGUACGGCUAUCAAUAUGGAAUCUAUAGCAACUCGACAAUUCCAAUGGAUCCAUUGUUGUAUGUUGUCGCUAGAAACUUUGCAAAUGUUCCCAACUUUUAUAAUUUCGAUACUUCAUUCUACACACCUAUCACACAGGGAACGUCACUGAGAACAUUCGACUCUGCUGGCAGCACAGUAAUGGUGUAUCCGGCAUUGUCAAACUAUGUAAAUCCACAAUUGAGAUUCGCUGCCAAUCUGAUAUCGAAUACAACUCUAUUGCCAGUGCCAUACAAUUACCCAACGGAUUUGGCAACUUCGAUAAUUGCUACCAGUGCCACCAUUGUGCCGGUCGACAACCUCUCGGGAUUGCCAGUGAUGUACCGUCUUAGUUUCACAAUCGUAGGAGCAGACCCGAGAAAUGUCUCAAGUAUAACCAUUGGUAGCUUAUUCAAAGAUGACGAUAUCCUGCCAUUCUGUAACCUAACCACUCUGGAGUACAGCCGUUACAUUAGCUUGCCAAAUGGAAUUGGCUUUGGACAAUAUCUUCUUGUCUUCUCAGAGUCAUUGCUAACUGGCAAUACACUGACGUACAGUGAAACAUCUGGCUCCUUGCCACCUCCCCCAACUAUCGGUUCCUAUGGUCUGGCAAUGAUUGACACCCGUUACUUCCAGAUGAACGUUAGUUAUUCUUCAAAAGGAUUAACGCUGCCAAGCUACACGGUGACCACCUCAAAGAGUACUCUCUCAACUAUACAAUAUCCAUACGGUGUCACAGGUAAUCUUUACAACGGUACCAUUCAAAUGGUUGGAUAUCAUCCAAAUAUUAGAUCGCUGGUUUUCUUUUUGCGUAGUGGAUUUACUUUGAAUCUCUAUAACUCGACAACCGCACAAUACGAUAUCUAUCCUCCACAGAUAAUGAAUAUCAACAUUUACAAUGUUGGUCGUUCCAAGUGGAUAUCAUUCAAUGUUUCCGAUUCAUCCGGUAUAGAAGUAUGCUAUGUUGACUAUGAUAAUCUUAAUCUCAAGUUUACUGCGGCCAACGCUGAGUCGCUAAGCAACGACCACAGCUUCAUGCAAUUCACAGCUGAAGUAUCGGCAGCUUACAUCCCUGUGACUUGUGGCACAACAAUGAAGAUUGGUUGUUACGAUAAACUAAAGAAUUACUACCAGUAUAAAUCCGGUGAAGUCUACAGCAAUAACACCGAUGUUACAGUACCAUCAGUCAGUUGUCCAGAUAUUAUACAACCACAACCUCUAUUCAUUAGAAUGCGUCAUUUGUUGGACAGUGUCACCAAUAUCUCUACACCAUACCUACAGAUUACCUAUUUGAAUGAGCAGCAGCAGCAACAACAAUAUCAAGUGAGUGUAGAUCUCACUGACAGCUUGAAUCAUACAACAAACAUUCCAUUAGAUACACAACAGCUAAACACUACAAUGUUUGUUGCAGUUGGUUCACUCGAUAUUCUUAAACCAACAGUUACAACAACCUAUUCGAUUCAACUCAAUUUCAACAGUAUAACAGCCAGUUAUACCUUGACAUCAAGUCAACUGUAUAUCAUACUCAACAGAAGAAAUUCAAUAUCAGUUACAAAUGUUCCAACACCAGGAUUAAUCAAUCAACUUACAUUAUAUAGUGCUGAUGUUAAUCCACCUAUUGUUACUGAUGUUAGUUAUUCAAUAGAUUCAACAAAUAAUAAGGUAGAUUUUACUAUUACAGCAGUUGAUGAUCUAUCUGGUGUUAGAGAUAUGACAAUAACUUAUUACUCGACAGUUGACUAUAUUGUUAGAAAUCAAACAGUACAAACCAAUGGAAUUGCAAAGUUUACAAUCGCUACACCAAUCACAACUUGUGGUAAUCAUACACUAUCUUACAUUAUAUCAAGAGUAUGUGAUAACAGUAACAAUUGUUUGAUAGUAGCACCAACUACCCAACCAAAUAAUAUUAUUAUCAAUUCAACAGUUGAAAAUCCAUCUAGUUUAUUAGAAUUGGUUGAUUUCAGUACAUCGACAAAUGUAUUGUUCACUAGAAAUACAACAUCUUCCGAUAGAAAUGUUAUUGUUGAUUAUACUAUAAGAUCUGCUUUACCAAUAGCUAGUACAGUUAAAUCGAUGGUCUAUGUUCAAGAUAGUUAUCCAUGGAGCAUCAACACUGUAAUCUGUCAAUCAACAUUUAUGAGCAGUCAAUCGAAUCUAUAUAGCUUCAGAUGUUCUGUUGAUGUACCAUUAAACUUUGGUUUAUCAAACACUCUAUUGGUUUCAAUUGAAGGUACCUACGAUAUCUGUGGAAACAUGCGUUCUUUCAACUCGAUAGAUCUUCAACGUUUGACAGUUGUCAAACCUCUACAAGUCUCGCCAAACCAACCGCCUACACCAAUCCAAGUUCAACCGAUGUACGCAGGUACUAAAAUGAUUACGAUCGUAACCAAUGUAACAACCUUCAAUACAUCACUCAUGACAAUACGCACCGACACUCUUGAGAUCUUUGGAUACAAUCUAUUCUCAUCGCCUUUACAAAUACAAGCAGAGUUGGAUCGUAUUGUUAAACCAAACGAUAGAAUCAUCGUCGACUACGACGGAAUCGAAUAUAAUGUCCAGGUGUUUUCCAACUACUCUGGUUCACCGGUGAUCGUAUUCGAGGAGACACGUCCAUGGUGUGUCUACUCUAUCAACGGAACACCGACAUCCAACACCACCACCGAACUCUCCUACGAAGACCAACAAUUUUCAUUCUUUAUCAAGUUUUUCAGUUUGAUUGAGAUGUCUGCUACCGGUGAUAUUAUCCAUCAGGAGGAGUUCAGCCAAAUGAAGAAAUCUGGAACCGCCACCAAUUUCACUAUGACAUCAACACUUGCGAAUGGAGCAAACGUUGUAAUGUCAAUGUUGAUCUCAAACAACUAUACCGAUGUGAAAUGGAUGAAUGAAUCACUUGUACUACAUAAUAAUACCGUCAAGUAUUCGAUCGAUGUCAGCAACUAUCCUUUCUCUACCAAGCUUAACUACUUGCUUAUCACAUUCAAUAUCACUGCCAAUUCGACCGGUGAGUGUGAGUUGGAACAGCUAACCAAAUCCGUAAUGUAUGGCAACAGUUUCAUUCGUUCCAACUACAACGAGAAAGAGCCAUCGUUUAAAUAUGAAUGUGAAGAAUACGACGAAGAUGAUAAGAAGAACUGGUUGAUUCCAGUUGCAGUUGUUGUACCAAUCGUUGGAUUGACAAUUCUAAUCGCCGUAGCAAUUGUUAUCUACAAGAGAAACACCACAAUGCAUGUAUAUAUGACAAAGAUGAAGACAAGACUAUCAAGAAAAUCAAGUGUAUCGAUGAAAGCUACAUCAUUCCAAAAUUAA